UUAGUCCCAUCGAUUUCAACAAAACAUGAAACUGAAACUAGAUUGAAAAUGGCCGAAGGCGGAAGAUGUGUCCCAAAACUCAAGACUCAUUCAAUCCUCCAUGAUUACACGGUUGAAUGGAGCCAGAAACUUGGUACAGGCAUAAGUGGACCAGUCCGACCAUGUAAGAAGUUGAAGACUGGCAAAAGUUUUGCUCUGAAAUGUUUACCAGAUAAUCCCAAGUCCCAGACGGAAGUGAAUAUACACUUCAUGUGUAGUGGACAUCCUAACGUUGUCAAAGUUCAUGAUGUUUAUGCCAACGAUCUACAGUUUCCAGGGGAUAAACAAGCAAAACCUUUCUUGUUGAUGGUGUUAGAAAUGAUGGAAGGAGGUGAAUUAUUUGACAGAAUUAGUAAACAGAGACGUUUUACAGAGAGAAAAGCUGCACGGUAUUUUAAGAAAAUUGCUGAAGCAGUGAGGCAUUGCCAUAGUCUAAAUAUAGCACACAGGACUUUGAAGCCUGAAAAUAUAUUACUGGCAGAUAACACAGAGGAAGCUGAAUUAAAACUGUCAGAUUUUGGGUUUGCAAAAGUAGAUGAUGGCAGUCUACAGACACCAUACUUUACUCCAUAUUAUGUGGCACCUCAGGUUUUAGAAGCACAUCGGCAUCAAUCUCGACUUAAACGAGGAAUCAUACCUACCUCCAAACCAUAUACCUAUGACAAGUCAUGUGAUAUGUGGAGUUUAGGAGUUAUAUUAUACAUUAUGCUUUGUGGAUACCCUCCAUUCUACUCGGAGACCCCCAGCAGACAGAUCACCAUGGAGAUGAGACGGAAGAUUCUGUCCGGAGAAUUUGAUUUUCCUGAAGAUGAAUGGUGUCAUGUUUCAGAUAACGCAAAACAACUUGUCAAAAGUUUACUACAUGUAGAUCCGACCCACCGACUGAAUAUAGAUGAUGUAAUGAUGUUGACCUGGCUUGAAGAUGCUCCAGAUAACGAACUUCAUUCCCCAGCUAUAAUAGCAGAUAAACAAAGUCUCGAGGAUAUUAACCUUGCUCAUUCACAGCAAUUGACAAUAUUACGCACAGAACAAUGUCAACUUACACUUAAACCUCUUGAUGAAUCACAUAAUCCUAUACUCAGGAAAAGGAAAUACAGGGAAUGCAGCAAUGAUGAAAGUGAGAGCAUAGUUAGAAAGGUAACGACAUGUGAGAUGACUAUACAGUCUUUACGAAAUAUAAUAGCAUAUUGUAUACUACCUCCAAAAGUUGACGACGAUGAGAGUGUUUUAAAUGAUCUAGUCACAAAAGCGGAAACAUUUCAACAUAAUACUCACAACAGAUUGGAUACAAUACUUCAGCAAUGGGAAUGGGAUGGUGCAAAAUUUGUGAAGAAGAUUGACAAAGCUAAAUUAGCACAGUUGUUAAGUGAACUUGUUCAAGACUUAAACCGAGGACCGCUAGUUAAGCAGACCAGUAUAGAAGUACAAAAUGGUGCUACUGAACUCUGUAAAACAUAGCAAGCAUACUAAUGUUAUGUGUUUAUGUAUUUUUGAUUGAAUUUAACUGCUUAUUCUAUGUUCUAUAUUAAUUAAGUUUUGGGGCAUCCGAGUUAUGUUCUCCUCUCCGCUGUGACUUUGAACACAUCAGUGACUUAAAAUUGUUUCAUGUGAGGUAGCUAUCAAGCUAGCUUACUGAAUGUGGGGGGUUCUAAUGAGGUGGCCUGUUCAUGCCUGAAAUAAUUCAGGGAAGGGCACCUGAGGUCUUCCUCCACAAAUAAAGCUGGAAAUUCUUAAGAUGACCUCUACUGCGUUGGUGCAACAGUAAACCCAGCAAAAAGAAUAAUUGAAUUGGCAAGGUUGUUACAAUUUUUGUUAUGAUACAGCGAAUUUGUAAUGUUAAUUUUCAUUUGACAGUUUUGACAAAGUCAGGCAUGUUAUUAUUAUUAUUGUUUAUAGAAAAAAAAUCAGCUGACUUUUCUGGAAAAUAUAUUCGCUUUUUUUGGAUAACAAAUGAAAUUACAAACACUUUUUAGCUAAUGGUUUACUAGUGCUGACUAUAUAAACAAAACUUUGUAAAUAAACAUACACAAGUACAUGAAUAAUGGAAACUCAGUGGUGGUACUUUUAGCUUAUCUGUUUCAAAGAUAAGGUUGACCUAUUAAUAUCGCUGCAUCAUUUAUGUUGUCAUCAUGGUUGCCUCCAUUCAAAAACAAUAACGUACAUGUAGACCAUUUUUCAAAAAAUUUAAAGUUCAUUAUGAAACUUGGAAUACGUGCUUUCUUGUCAUGGUGCAGUUGUUAGACAAGGGGUUUAAUUCUGAAUACUAUUUUUGUGCCCCCACGUUAGUGGCGGGCAUUUAGAUUUACCCUUGUCCGUCUGUCCGUCCUUCCGUCCGUCCGUCCGUCUGUUCACUUUUGUGUCGCACGUAACUCAAAAAGUAUUUGACCUACAGUCAUGAAACUUUACAGGAAUGUUGAUCAGCAUGUGUAGUUGUGCACCUGGGUAUUUUCGUCUGGAUAUUUUUAGUAUUUUCAGAGUUAUUGCCCUUGACUUAGUAAAAUUUUGCAAUUUUCAACUUGUGUCGCACGUAACUCAAAAAGUAUUUGACCUACAGUCAUGAAACUUUACAGGAAUGUUGAUCAGCAUGUGUAGUUGUGCACCUGGGUAUUUUCGUCUGGAUAUUUUUAGUAUUUUCAGAGUUAUUGCCCUUGACUUAGUAAAAUUUUGCAAUUUUCAACUUGUGUCGCACAUAACUCAAAAAGUAUUUGACCUAGAGUCAUGAAACUUUACAGGAAUGUUGAUCAGCAUUGUAGUUGUGCACCUGGGUAUUUUCGUCUGGAUAUUUUUAGUAUUUUCAGAGUUAUUGCCCUUGACUUAGUAAAAUUUGUAAUUUUCAACUUGUGUCGCACAUAACUCAAAAAGUAUUUGACCUAGAGUCAUGAAACUUUACAGGAAUGUUGAUCAGCAUGUGUAGUUGUGCACCUGGGUAUUUUCGUCUGGAUAUUUUUAGUAUUUUCAGAGUUAUUGCCCUUGACUGAGUAAAAUUUGGCAAUUUUCAACAUGUGUCGCACGUAACUCAAAAAGUAUUUGACCUAGAGUCAUGUUACUUUACAGGAAUAUUGAUCAGCAUGUGCAGUUGUGCACCAGGUAUUUUCGUCUGGAUUUAUUUAGUAUUUUUAGAGUUAUUGCCCUUCACUUAGAAAAUUUUUGCAAUUUUCAACUUGUGUUGCAAGUUUCUCAAAAAGGAUUUGACAUAGUCAUUAAACCUUAUGGGCAGGUUGCUCAGCAUAUUUUAGAUUUGCACCUGGGGUUUCGCUUGUGGAUUUAUCCAGUAUUUGUAGAGUUAUUUCCCUUGACUUAGUAAAAAGAUUGACAGAACAGUGGCGCGGUGGGGGCACCCGUGUCCUAUGGACACAUUUCUAGUUUUGGAGUAAUUCCCCUAUUUAUCUUAAAAAAUGUAUCAAAAAGCAUUGACACCGCAUGCAGUGCUUCUUUUUUCAUUCCAUGUUACAGUUUUGCUUAGAAUUUUUGUCAAAUUUGCUUAUUGCUUAUUGGUAGUUGUUGCUUUUAACAAACAUGUGGUUUUCGUUUUUACACUUUUACAGGCUAUUUGAUAGACCUGGUACAUGUACAUAUACAAUAUGAUUCUGUGAUAUAUUCUAAUCAGUAUGAGUGUAGAAUGUAAAAAUGAGAUGAAUAUUUAGUCAGCUAAUAGUUUGUCAGAUGUGCAGGCCUGGCCGCUGGCAUGGCUCUAUACUGGUGGCAAAGGUGAUCACUUUCAAAUCCAACAGGAUGAGAGUGAAUAUUGGUCAGCAAACAAUGUUUUUUGUAUUGCUUUACAAUUUAUCUGUCCCUUUAUAUGUGAUUUAUCUAUGUAAGUUUAAUAUUUAUUUCAACAUUGAGUCAAUGUUAAUACUAAAGUUGUAUAUUGUUCAAUUAGAUAUAACUAGUGAGCCUUCUACACCAAUAUUCAUUAUAUGAGCCGCGCCAUGACAAAACCAACAUAAUGCGUUUGCGACCAGCAUGGAUCCAGUUGUUAGACAAGGGGUUUACUUCUGAAAACUAUUUUUUUUUAAAUUAUCAAAAAGCGCAGUCUGACCAGGAUCCAUGCUGUUCGCUUACAAACUCUAUUACAAAUAGAGAAACUGAUAGCGAACAGCAUAGAUCCUGAUCAGACUGUGCGGAUGCGCAAGCUGGUCUGGAUCCAUUCUGGUCGCAAACCCAUUAUGUUGGUUUUGUCAUGAUGCGGCUCAUUUGUCUUGUAUGGAUGCUCAACCCAAACAUUUUUUUAUGAUAAUCAAGACAAUGUAUGGAAGCUAUCUAUUUUUAUACGUGAAUAAACGAUAAAGGAGUCAACAUUUUAUGUUUUUAUUGCCCUACUGGACAGUUUCAUGUUUUCAACAAUCAUCAGGUACAAAUGAUGUUGGUUAAGUUAGGAAGAAUGCAGUCCAGUAAUGCAAUACACACAUAAAUUGUUGAUGUUUUUAUUGAUUUUUAUACUGGCACUGGUCUGCCAUAGAGCACUCUAUGGUUCUUGCUUCCACUUGUUUUUGUUACUAUUUUUAUACAUUAUAUAAAUACUUUGUAUAUUAGUUUGGGGCAUAAAUCUAUUUUUAAUAGGUUGAUAUUUAUUUCAUAAUGGAAUGAUUAUGUAUUUUCCUAUUCAUCCAUGUAAUGUGUUCUAUUGAACAAAUAUAACCAUUAAACUCAAUAUUGUAGGACAUAAUUAAUGGCAGUUUAAAUAAGCUGAAAGAGAAAAAAAUAAUAUGUUUUUUUUUAAAGUAAUGCAUUUUGUAUAAAUUAUUGAAAUACUGUCUAGACUUAACUAGAUUUGAAUUAUGGUUGAAAAAAUAACAACAACAAAAGCUUAAAGCAAUUAAAGAAAUAUAAUAAUGAGUUUAAAUCAAUAAAAAAUAAUCACAUUUAAACAUAAGUUUAUCAGCUGGCAAACUUCUAUUACCAAUCACAUUUCUUCAUUUCAUAGUUGUUAGUUACCAUAUCCAGAAAAACACAAGGGUACACAAUGCAUACUUCUGAACUGACCUUGUAUGAAUGUAAAGUUUGACAAGUUAAAAAAAAGUGGAGCUAACCAACUAAGAUGUUUGUCAGUUUAAAGCUGCACGCCUCCAGAAGAGCCAAAAUAUUUCAAGAAAUUCAAUCUUUAGAAAAAUGUAUUAAGAUCUUAAGAAAAGUAAAAAGAUUCAAUAUUUAACUAUUAUCACAUAAACCGCGACGCAGGAGUGUAAUAAAGCCAUUUAAUAAAAACGAUAUUACACUAGACAAUAUUACACUAGAGUAAUAACACUUUGACGUAACGUCAUUUGCGCUAUAAACAUAGCGUUAAAGCGCGCUAAUGUUAGCGUUACACUAUAGGCGCGUCAAAUAGAAAUGACUCUUGUUAACAGUUUACCGUUCUUAUUUUAUAUAUGUGAUAAAUAGAAUAUUAUAUUCGUGUAGAUUCAAUACUAAAUUUAUUGAACUCGUUGAAUAAAACAAUAUUAUGCUCGCCAGAGGCUCGCAUAAUAUGAUUUUAUUCAACUCGUUCAAUAAAUUUAGUAUUAAACCUACACUCAUUCAAUAUCCUCUACAUUAAUUACAUGUUAUGUACGAUUAAUGACUGAUUUUGCAGUAUCAAUCACUAUAAUUCUACUGUGUUACUAAUGCAGUAAGAGGUAUUUAUGUAUAUUUUGACCUCUUUUUGGUAAUUUACGCGGAUCGUAUGUGUAAAUUACUUUAUUUGUUUACUUCGCAACAUUUUACUUUUAAAUUUUACUUAAAUACACUUUCAUGAAAGUUAGCAUGCUGCUUUAACACGUUGGUUAAAAAAAUUUUUUAUAUUAAUUUCAUGUUCAACUUCAUUAAUAAAAAAUCACAGAAGAUUUGACACUUCCCUCAUAACUUCUGUUCACUGUCCAAGGCACAUAACUCAUGGACUGAAUUAUUGCUCUUUGAUCACUAAGAAAUUUCCCUUGGGAAAUUGCAUGCAAGAUCAAUGUUCAACUUUUGAAGAUAUUUGCUUGAAAGAUCACACAUGACUUUUGGAUUAUUUCAUAAAAUAUAUUUUCAAGAACUGCAACUCUGGCAUUGAUUUAACUGAAAUACACCAGCUUCAGAAAAUGCCAUAUUUAAAUUUUGGCAUGCAAGAUUAAUAUCUGUAAACAUUUAAGAUAUUUACGAUAUUUUCUUCACAUAAAUAAUGAUAAUUUAUUAUGUUUUUGUGAUCAUGAUUGAAGAGAGACAUGUAAGGCCCGUAACUCUUGCAUGGUUUCUGACUAAAUAAAAGUCCUUUGUGAUUUUGUAAAAUUGUGUUGUGGAUUUUUGAAUGAAGUUUUCCCCUAUGUGAACUUAAUUCAUUACCCAGGCUUUUUGGGGUUUUUUUUAUAGUCCACUUAGUAUACUAGAAUGCAUUGUCUCACUGAAAGCUUUUGUUUCUUAAAUGGUAUAAAGCUCUAUCUUCAUCAAUAGAAAAAUUUUACAGGUACAAUAAUGUUAUGGUCAGUUCACAAAAGAAUUGUAACUUAGAAAUUCUCUGUUUUUAAUACCCUUGAAUAUUGUACGUAAACAGAAUAUAUUAUUACGGAACAAAAUAUUAUUCAGCUAUUUUGAGAAAUGAGUUUGUGGAUGAGGUAUUUGAUUUGAAGGCAUUUUUUUCAUGCCAGUAUUUUGGAAUUAUGCUUUUUAAAAUUCAAACAAUAAUUUUUUUCGGCAGGUGUAUAGCUUUAUAAAUAUAAACUUUAAAGUUUGAACAAGUUUUUGAGAUAUUCUUAUCUUUCUCAUAAAGGGGAAUAAAAUUCAUUGAUUUGAACAAACAGAUUGUGGAAUGAAUUAUGAACGUUUGUAUGUUAUGUUGAAAUUGAGAUGGUACACCAUACUUAAGUGAAAUUAUAUAUAUGUAUAUAAUUAUGCUUAUAAAACAAUUUUCAACAUAGAAGAAUUUGUAAAAUAUGUACUGCAAAUAUGUGUACAUAUUACAUGUAUAUGUAAUUAUUAAAAUAUAUGCAUUCAUGUCUUAUUGAAAAAAAUGACUUAGACUUUAUAGAAAAUAAAAUUUUAAUUACCUCCCUUUAUUAACAUGAAAUGUUAAAUUCGGUAAUAUCUUUAUAAAUAAUGCUUUUUGGAACUUACAAAAUUAAUAAAUCUUAAUUUGAGCAUCAUAUUUAUGAUAUAAAACCAUAAAACAAAUUGUGUCACAGGAUCUUUUAGAAUGUUAGAAUGUUCGUAAUUAUGUUUACAAGUACAUGUGUACAUGUUGUAGUUCAUUUUCAUGAGUCUAUUGUGUAACAGAUAGAAUCAAUUUUAUUUCUACAUGUUUACUUAUUACUUUUAUACAUUUAGAUAUGAAAUAAAGAUAUCUUGUGAUAA